CUUCGUGUUCAAGGCAAGCGGCAUUUGACAAACAUGUCUGCCGCUGCUACCUCUUCAGAGGCAUUCCUGCAUGCGGCUGUGUCCUACUCCAAGUUACCGGGUACGCUUUCAAUGGAACGUAACGGGAUUCUACGUUGGACACCUUCUUCAUCUUCUGCUGCUUCUUCUGCUCUUGCUAUCGAUGAAAAGACAAUCGUGCAUCUUCAAGUAUCAGCAGAAGGUCAGAAGCAGGUGGCAAUGGUGUUGCAGCUGGCCGAAGGUAUAACAGCUGGGCCGGAUGGAAAGAAUAAGAUAUUCUUCUAUUUCACCGGAGGCAUAGCAGGCAAUGAAGAUCGAACGAAAGCAUCUUCAGAACGUAAUGCGUUCAAAAAUUACUUGGCAGAAGUCGUUUCUCAAAACAAGAAUAGACAAAGGGCAAGUGCAGUGCCAUCGCCAGGACCGGCUCGUGCAGAAGGAUCAGCAACGCCGGCAGCAGUUCAAUCCGAUCCAUCUAAAUCUCGCGGAACUCCAUCGGGAGUCAGUACACCAAUGCGAAAGGAGCCAACAAAGCAAGAUGGACCAUCAGAACUUGAAGUACGCAUUCGUGUACUCAAGGCGAAUCCAUCUCUUGCUGUUCUGCAUCAAGAUGUGGUCAUGUCAGGACAAAUCACCGAUCAAGAAUUUUGGGCACAUCCUACCCGACGGGCAUUAUUGAACGCUGAACGUGCAUCUAUGCAACAGAAGCAAGGUCGGAAUGCACGCAUUGCUGAUCCAAGACCUACAGCAAACGAAUCUGGAGAGAUGAAGAUCAACAUGACCCCAGAACUCGUUCGUGAUCUUAAAGCGCAAUAUCCAGUUGUAGCACGAGCUUUUGAAGAAAAUGUUCCGUCUGUAAUGGAUGAACCAACAUUUUGGAAGCGAUACUUUUCAUCGAAGCUAUAUCACAGGUUACGUACUUCUGCUCGCUCUCAAGCAUCUCAACAUACUGUUCAGGCAGAUGAUGUAUUUGACAAGUAUCUUGUUGAAGAAGAUGAUGGGCUUGAGCCACGAAGGGAGUAUAAUGCUCACGAUGCAUUUUUGGACUUGGGAGCAACAGCAGAAGAUCACGGUGAGACGGGAAACGAAAAGGACUGGACGAUGAGAGCUGGGGUGGAAAGAAAGACAUUGCCUCUAAUGAGAAGGUUCAAUGAUCACUCUCAAAGCCUUUUGGAUUCCGCUUUGGGUGAACAAGACGAAGCUAUGAGACGCAAACGGAAAGCAAAAGUGGUUGCAGUGAACGAGGAUAGUGAUGACGACGCUGAUGAUGGUGUCAGGAUUGAGGAGCUGGAAGAACAGGAUGAGAGAAAGCGCAGGAAGCUUCUCAAUGUUCAACAAGGAAGAUCGCUUUUUGAUAGAAAUUCUGAGAGUGGGCAAAAUACUGCGAUUCAACGAAACGGAAGUGCAAAAGACACAAAUGACGAGGUUGAGCUGACGGACGAACAGAUCAAGAACUUAGUGGAAGAGAAUGUCGCAGAAUGGACCAAUUCUCUCGAUGCAAAGAUUCAAGGCAGAAGCAAGCAAUUCUCUAGUGCAAUGAGCGGAAUGCUGGAAAACGUACAUGCAAGAAAGGAAGCACGAGCAUGGCGAAAAGCGGGUUCAGCGAACGAAAUACCGGAGAGCAUACUCAAGCAGAUGAUGACGCAAAAUGCAAGUACGACUGAAUUCUUACGUCAAUUUUGGGCAGCAAUCGCUCCUCAACCUUUACAAGAUGGAACAUUACCCACAACUGCUGCAAAUAGUGCACCAAGAAGGAAAGCAAGAGCGCAAAGGAUGAUCACAAGCUUGCAAACGAGUCAAGAACGUUUUAAGGAUAUCCUUGCUAAUUCUGCCACAUCUCAAUCAGAUGUCAGAGCUCAACGAAUCGCCAGUGCCAUCACUCCAACACAAACUGCAGUCAAGAAAGCACUCAAUGUUCCGGUCAACAACACUACAUCAUAGCAAUGAGGAAAGAGUACCAUAUGGCAUUUGUAAUUUAGAGCAUACAUGAAGCAAUAUUGAAACUUGUACGAAUAAGAGGUGUAUUCAGCAUUGCGUGUUCUUGU